AUGGCCACGGACACGGACGCCAGGCGACCGCCGCAUGCUGACCGUCGAACCCUCGGCGCCCGCAACGCCGCUCCGCCUCGAGACACCCACCGCCUUGCCCCCCCGCAGCGCGCGCAUCCACACACACGCUCGCGCACCGACACGCUCGCGCACCCAUACUCACCCAUACUCGAUCGUCUACACCUAAUUGCCGCCUGCGCGCGCGGCCGCCAGUCCGUCGAGGGCCCCGGCGCGCACGCCCGUCGCCGCGUCCGGCCGUCCACAUGUAUUAUCUGUAUCUUUAUAUCUCGCGCUGCUGUGCUCCCGCUGCUCGCGUCGUCGCCGUGUGCGUGCGGACGCUGUAUAUACCCUCCGCGCUCGCCCUGUUCUAUCCCACCACACACUCGCUCCGUCUCUCACCUUGUCCCAUCUCAUCUCAUCUCAUCUCACCGCACCGGAUCUCGUCUGCUCUGCUCUCAUCUCGGCUCAUCUCGGCUCGGCUCGUCGUUCCCUCUCGUGUUUUAUUUCGUCCUGCAUCCUAGAACGCCACCCAGCACCAUGUCAAACUCCCCCGUCCUACUGCUUAUCGUGCCUGCCUUAAUCAUCGCUCCUAAUCUCCCUCUCUCUCUCUCCGUCGUCGGCGCCGUCGCGCUGCGUACAGCCUCCCACCGGGCACAGACACGCUUCGCUCUCCAAUACGCCGCCACCACCGGCGCCGCUCUGCCCUCCCCCCUCUUUUUUAUUGGCUUCUGCUUCUUCUUCUUCUUCUUCUUCUUCUUCUUCUGCUUCUUCUUGGUUUUCUCCACCCCCAAAAUAACACACGCCCCCACCCGCCGUCUUUAG